GCAACUACCGCGAUAGGAGAGGGGACCACUGUACUUAUAUUUCAUAUUUGUUCUGCAUCUCACCAGAGGCUACAAGAACUGGUUCUCUCACACCAAACCUCAGUGAUUUAGCUGUGUGUGCUUGACUUGAAACUGUACUCAUUUUCUAGAUCCAUCUAUGUUCCGUAGGAUGAAUUGGUCAUCAGCGAUCAACAGCUCCCUGACUGUGGUCGCGCUGAAUCCCAGAGAUUCCUUCACGGCUGCUCUGACCAAGAACAUGAUCGUCGUCUCCCUCUGCAUCUCCAUCAACUACAUCAACGGUGUCAUGGUCCACACCUUCCGGAAGCAUGAGGUCUUCAUUUCGAGCCCACGUUACACCCUCUUCAUCCACCUGGUCAUCAAUGACAUGAUCCAGCUGCUGCUGUCCACGCUGCUCCAUGUCGUCAGUUAUGCCUUUUACACCAUCAACGUCUCCCUGUGCAUUGUCCUGCUUCUCAUUUCUAUAACCACCACCCUCAACACUCCUCUGAACCUGGCCGGCAUGGCCGUGGAGUGCUACGUUGCCAUAGGGCUACCACUGCGCCACAGCCAAAUCUGCACCAUCAGGAACACCUACAUCUUCAUCGGCCUGGUGUGGACCGCGGGAACGGUCUCCAUCCUGCCUGACGCCCUCAUCCUGGUGGCCACGGAACCCGUCCCUUUCUUCUACUCUCGUGUUCUGUGCAUCAGAGACCAAGUGUUCCGCAGCAGCUACAGCUUGAAAAAAAGGAACGCAUCCCACAUACUGUGUCUAAUCCUGGUCUGGCUGGUGCUCUUCUUCACCUACUUCAGGAUCUUGUUCGCCGCCAAGGGAGCCAAUAAGGACUUCAGGAAGGCCCGGAACACCAUCCUCCUGCACGGGUUCCAGAUGCUGCUCUGCAUGUUGUCCUACAUCCGACCCAUGUUUGAAAAUGCCAUGCAAGUUUUGGUCUCCAGCAAAUACCUUUCGGCCAUCGGCUUCUGCAGCUACAUCAUCUCCCUGAUCCUGCCACGGUUUAUUAGUCCCAUCGUCUACGGUCUGAGGGACCAAACCUUCAGGAAGUUCACGAGUAGAUACCUGCUCUGUAAAACCAGAUGAAAUGUCCAGCAGGAACAGAACGAUGUGUUACCUACGAUAAGAGAGGGGUGACAUUAAAUCCCUAUUUAAUGUCAGCCACUAAACCCCAUAGAGAAAACCAGUGAUUUUAGCAAAUAUGGACACAAUGCGCUGCAGGUGCACUGUUGCCUCCUCUGGUCACUUUGUGUCAUUAAAGUAACUACAUUUAGUCCAGUGGUUCUCAAUUAUUUUCUGUCAUCCACCCCUUAAGGAACAGAAAUGUUUUCACACUCC